UCACACUCCAAAAGCUAGCAUCACUAGCGGCGCCCAGAAAUAUUGUUAAAUAAAAAGUUUCAUUUCGUUUGGCAACAUGUUGAAAUUGCUUUGCGUAUUACCUAUAAUCACUCUCGCAAUACUUAAAAUUACCCAGGCUCAAAGACCUUCUUUUGCUGGCCCAAGACCUCGAGAUGGACUAAGUCAGAAGGAAAAAUACUUUGCAACUAAAAAUACAGCUGUGGAGAAUAUUACUGGAAUUACAGGACCCAGAGACCCAAAAUUUUCUGAAGAGAAUAUUAUCAACCUUCCAUAUGGAGCACCCGAAAGGCCGCCCGUAGGAGAUCCGGUGGUUUAUCCCUCCAGCCUCGUCAACAAAGUUGACUAAUUUCCCACUCCAAAUUUCCUACUCCCAGAUCACAGGCGACUUCCCAUCGAUGCACAAGGUGACGGGGAAUGGGUGAAUAGAUUGAAACAGCUGCCUUUGGACCAGCAGCCCUUCUGGCUUUUAAACUAUCAAGCAAUCGAAGCACUAAGGAACAGUUCCAGACCCAAUGCUAGAGCUUAUGAAUUUCGUGGAAAUUCGUUCGGCGGUUAACGAUAUUUUAAGUUUUCAUAAUUAUGUGUUGUUUGUGGUAUUUAAACAAAAUAUGCACAAAAGGCAUGCUGUAGGCUAUUGUAUCCAUUAAAUUGAAUAGGCCUUUAAAGAGUGUAUUAUAAUUUUAGUCUGCCAGCUGCCUGAGCACAUUUACGACGCUCCAUUAAAAUGUUACAGU